AUGGCCAACAGCUCAAGGGUGUAUAAGAAGACCUGCUCCAAUGGGAAGCUUGCCAUCUACCUGGGGAAACGGGACUUCGUGGACCAUGUGGACAUGGUGGAUCCCAUUGAUGGUGUGGUCCUGGUUGACCCUGAUUACCUAAAAGAUCGAAAGAUGUUUGUCACAUUGACAUGUGCCUUCCGCUAUGGCCAUGAUGACUUGGAUGUGAUCGGUCUGACGUUCCGCAAAGAUCUGUACGUACAGGUGCAGCAAGUGUUCCCACCUGAGUCCACCAGCCCCCAAGGGUCCCUCACAGUCCUACAGGAGCGACUGCUGCAAAAGCUGGGGGACAAUGCCUACCCCUUUACCCUGCAGAUGGCUGUUAACCUCCCCUGUUCGGUGACACUGCAGCCAGGGCCUGAAGAUGUAGGGAAGGCCUGUGGGAUUGAUUUUGAAGUGAAGAGUUUCUGUGCUGAAAAUCUGGAGGAGAAAAUCUCCAAGAGAGACUCCGUGCGGCUGGUGGUUCGGAAAAUACAGUUUGCACCCUCGGAGCCAGGCCCUGGCCCCUGUGCCCAGACUACCCGCCGCUUCCUUCUGUCAGCUCAGCCCCUACAGCUGCAGGCCUGGAUGGACAGGGAGGUUCACUACCACGGCAAACCCAUCUCUGUCAAUGUUUCUAUCAACAACUGCACCAACAAGGUCAUCAAAAAAAUCAAGAUUUCAAUUGACCAGAUCACAGAUGUUGUCCUGUAUUCCUUAGACAAGUACACCAAGACCGUGUUCAUUCAGGAGUUCACGGAGACUAUAGCUGCUAACUCCAGCUCCUCUAAGAGCUUCGCAGUAACCCCGCUCCUGGCUGCCAACUGCCAGAAACAGGGCCUGGCGCUGGAUGGCAAACUCAAGCAUGGUGAUACCAAUCUGGCCUCUAGCACAAUUCUUCAACCUGGAACGAACAAGGAGCUCCUCGGGAUCCUGGUGUCCUACAAAGUGAGAGUCAACCUGAUGGUGUCUGGUGGAGGCAUCCUAGGUGACCUGAUAGCCAGUGAUGUUGGUGUGGAGCUGCCCCUGAUCCUGAUGCAUCCAAAGCCAUCACAUGAGGCUGCUAGCUCUGAGGACAUAGUCAUUGAGGAGUUUACUCGGCAGGAGCACCGCGGGGAGGAGAGCCAGGAGGCUGUGGCAGAGGGGUAUGAGGGAAGCUGAGCACCUCGCUCUAGUGCUUCUGGGUGGGAGCCCCACUGUAACGCUCUAAUAAAUCAGCUUGUCC